UUUUAUGGUCUAGCCGUGGUGUAUUUGUGCGAGGAAGAGAUUGAUUUGCAUUAGUCUUCGUGGAAGAAAGAUAAAGGAGAAAUCCGCCGUCUCCGUCGCCGUUUCCGUGGCCAUUGGCUUCCCUAUUCCACCAGCUUCGCCCGCUGUCUGUUACUGUCUAUAUUGAAUAUAACCAUAAUCUAUGCCAGUCCCAGCCUCUGGGUACCCUUCUAUUUCCUUAUGAACGCCUUGAACAAGCCGUGUUGCUCCUCUUCCUCCUCCAAUCUCAGCCGCUUCAUUGCCGGCAUCUUAAUCUCACUUCUCUUCCAUUCUUUCACGUUGAUUUCUAAUUUCCUCACUCCUAUACACCCUUAAAUUUUUCUUUUCUAAUCCAUGGAUCUGCUUCGCUACCAAGGCAUUGAGAGGCAGAAGGAGCCGGCUGUUCCUUCUGUUAUUGUGAUCGGAGGUGGUAUUUCUGGCCUUGCUGCUGCACGUGCUCUCAAUGAUGCGUCUUUUAAGGUAAUCCUGCUGGAAUCGCGGCAAAGACUUGGUGGCCGCAUCCAUACUGAUUACACUUUUGGUUGCCCUGUGGAUAUGGGAGCUUCAUGGCUACACGGGGUAUGCAAUGAGAAUCCCUUAGCUCCUUUAAUAUGCUCUCUGGGUCUUAAACUGUACCGUACUAGUGGUGACAACUCUGUGUUGUAUGACCAUGAUUUGGAAAGUUAUACACUUUUUGAUAUGGAUGGCCGUAAAGUUCCACAAGAGAUGGUUGUUGCAGUUGGAGAUGUAUUCAAGAGAAUACUCAAAGAGACUGAGAAAGUAAGGGAUGGACACUCCAAAGACAUGUCAGUCCAUCAAGCAAUAUCAAUUGUGUUAGAGAGGCACCCUGAAUUAAGACAAGAAGGACUUGCCUAUGAAGUGAUGCAGUGGUACAUAUGUCGAAUGGAAGCAUGGUUUGCUGCAGAUGCAGAUAUGAUAUCCUUGAAAUGCUGGGAUCAGGAACAUGUUCUUUUGGGUGGCCAUGGACUUAUGGUGAAGGGUUACGAUCCUAUAAUAAAAGAGCUUGCUAAAGAUAUUGAUGUACGCUUGAAUCACAGGGUCACUAAAAUUUCCCAAGAAUACAAUAAGGUGGUAGUCGAUAUUGAGGACGGGAUGAGCCUCGUUGCUGAUGCAGCUCUAGUAACUGUUCCCCUUGGUGUUCUUAAAGGCAAUUUGAUUCAGUUUGAACCAAAAUUGCCAGAGUGGAAGGUUGCUGCCAUUUCCGAAAUCGGUGUUGGUAACGAAAACAAGAUUGCCUUACUAUUUGACCGAGUCUUCUGGCCGAAUGUUGAGCUGCUUGGCAUUGUUGCACCCACUUCUUAUUCUUGUGGUUAUUUUCUCAAUCUUCACAAAGCAACAGGCAACCCUGUUCUCGUCUAUAUGGCCGCCGGAAGGUUUGCUGAUGAUCUCGAGAAGUUUUCUGAUGAGUAUGCCGCUAACUUUGUGAUGUUGCAGUUGAAGAAAAUGUUUCCUGAUGCAUCUGAUCCGGUUCAGUAUCUCGUGUCCCAUUGGGGAACAGAUCGAGACUCCCUUGGCUGUUAUUCAUAUGAUCCGGUGGGGAUGGCAGGAGAUUUGUAUCAGAAGCUUAAAGCACCUUUCGGCAAUCUCUUCUUUGGAGGGGAAGCAGUCAGCGAGGAACACUCAGGGUCGGUGCACGGAGCCUACGCUUCCGGAAUCAUGGCUGCUCGAAACUGUGAGAGCCAUCUCUUACAGAGAUUAGGUAACUUCAAAAGAAGGCUCCACUGAUCUUUAGGGAUGAUGGUGCGUUAUUAGAACCCACAUUUCCCCUCCAGAUUUCAAGGAUUUGAACCUUUUUCUUUUACCUUUUUACAAGACUUGUGUGAGUCCGAUGUGAACUUUUAUUUACGCUGCUGGCUAUCAUUUUAUGCGGCAAACGUUGUUUACAAAU